AUGUCCUUCGCCAACCCUCGUCGAAGGACUCCGGUGACUCGUUCCGGAAGAGACAACGAGAGUGGCCUGGCACUUAAAACAACCAUGACCCUCCGCAAGGGUGCCACCUUCCAUUCUCCCACUUCUCCUGUCUCUUCCAACUCGGACGACACCUUUGUUCCACCUCAACUAUCACGAGCUCGGACUCAUUUGGACGACGUCGUCGAUGCCAACCGUCGACGUGUUGCCCUCACUCUAAGCGACAUUGACGAGGCUCUCGCAAAAACCGAAAGCCUCUCGCUUUCACCCAAACCAAAGAAGAAUACUCUUCGUGAUACCAGUCUUCCUGUUCCUCGAGGCUUCCUCGACCUUCCUGUCGUUGACCCAACUAUGGCCAACCCCGAGCCUGAGCGUCGGGUCUUGCGCCCUCGCUCAGUGCGUCGAUCCAAGCAGCAAGCUUCAGACAGCGGCCUCGGGUCUUCUAUUGCCUCUACAAACGAGAAGUGCGAGGCCGGCAAGACAUCUCAGAAGAAGAAGAAGGACACCAAAACCCUUAGCACAGGGUCAGCACUGACUGGCUCUGGUGCCGCUUCCACAAAAGAAAUGCUCCCCGCCUUGAGCCGGAAAGCAUUCAACCGUAUUCAUGAACACACUCUGCGUCCGCUUCUUGAGAAGCCAACACUCAAAGACUUUGAGCCCAUUGUGCUCGAUGUGCCCCGAAAGAUUCGAUCCAAGGAGAUCAUUUGCCUUCGAGACCUCGAAAAGACUCUGAUUUUUAUGGCACCGGAGACGGCCAAGACUGCAGCCUUGUAUUUGGACUUCUGCCUUACUUCGAUUCGAUGCAUUCAAGCAACUGUCGAAUAUCUUACCGACCGCGAACAAAUUCGACCUGGCGACCGCCCUUACACUAACGGAUACUUCAUCGACUUGAAGGAACAAGUUUACCAGUACGGCAGACAGCUCGCCGCCGCCAAAGAAAAGGGUGGCUCUGGCGACGACAUGGACGUCGACAUAGAUGAUGAGAUCAGACUCUACGGUGGCAUCGCCGAGAAUGGCCGCCCCGCUGAACUUAUCCGGGUAAGAAAGGAUGGCUCUGCCAUUUCUAUUGCCACUGGCAAGCCAGUAGAUAUGGGAGAGGGCCCCAUCACUUUUAAGCGCUCUCUGUCCGAGCAGCGUGAGGACGAGGAGGAGAUCAUGCGCUCCAUGGCCCGAAGAAAGAAGAAUGCUACCGCUGAGGAACUGGCUCCCAAGAAGUGUCGCGAGCCAGGCUGCAACAAGGAGUUUAAGCGACCUUGCGACCUCACCAAACACGAGAAGACGCAUUCCCGACCAUGGAAAUGCCCGAUCCCAACUUGCAAGUACCACGAGUUUGGUUGGCCCACGGAGAAGGAGAUGGACCGUCACGUCAACGACAAGCACUCCGAUGCCCCUGCUAUGUACGAGUGCAUGUAUAAGCCUUGCCCAUACAAAUCCAAACGUGAGUCAAACUGCAAGCAGCACAUGGAGAAAGCCCACGGCUGGCAGUAUGUCCGCACAAAGACCAACGGAAAGAAGCUUCCUGGGAAGCCUGCAAGCUCCGUUCAACAGACACCUCCUCUCGGCAGUGUCUCUACUCCGUCCAGCACUCCUACCUACAGCGUUCCUACCCCUCCUCAGGAUCAGGAUGCCUUGGCCUUCGCGAGCUACCACCCUGACAGCGACUGGUUUGCUGCCUACAGUCUCCAGCCUGAAACCUUGGACGGCAUGGACUUGACUUUGGAACACACUUCUCCAUCGUCUGCCACUUCAUACGAGCAGUACCCGCCGUAUCAGAAUGGCUCAACAUUCAUCCUCAACGACGAGGAUAUCUACGCUGCACACGUACAGCUUCCUGCGCAGUUGCACGCGCCUGAGCAGCUCUACAAUAAGUUAAUGCCUCAGCAAAUGCCUGUCUACCAGGCCCCUCAACCCUGCACAGCUCCGCAGCUGCAGGUUCCGCCCCACUUUUCUCCUUCUGGGCAGGAAAAUGCUAUGCUCUUUACACCAAAUUCUCUUCGCGAGGUUGACGAGGGAUUUGAUGAAGCAUACAAUGGAGAUGGCUCAGACUUUCAGCUCUUCCCCGCCGCAUCCACAAACAAGGGCAACAAUAAUAACUUCCAGCAACCCUUGUUUGCAGAGGUUCCUAGUGCAAAUCUUGGGUUCUCCCAGGCAUCUCAGCCCGAUUUCUUUAACCAGGUAGACUGGGCAAACUUGGAUCUCCAGCCCUUCCGGGAAUGA